AUGUUUUCUAAUGUUACGAAGAUAAAUGAUUUUUUCAUCACUGGAUUUCCUGAACUUCUACCAGAGUAUCACAGCCUUGUGUCAACUUUGCUGUUUCUGCUUUAUUUGGUAAUAGCUGUGGGAAACAUUUUUAUUUUAGUGUUUGUUAUUUGGGAGAAGCGUCUUCACAAACCCUCAUAUCUGAUUUUUUGUCACUUGGCUUUAACUGAUCUUAUGUUUGGUACUCUAACUCUGCCAAAGAUCCUCUCAAAAUAUUGGUUUAAUGACAGCGUCAUCUCAUUUUACAGCUGUUUUGCACAAAUGUACUUUGUUCAUUUUUUAGGUGCUGCUCAUUCCUUUAUUUUGAUGGUGAUGGCAUUAGAUCGGUUUACAGCUAUUUGUGCUCCGUUGCGAUACACAUCACUUUUCACAAAUGCAGUUGCCUCUGUGCUCUGUGGAUUGUCGUGGCUUGUGCCAGCUUCAUGGAUGGUUUUUGUGGUUUUAGAUGCUCUUUCUUUACCUUUUUGUAACUCCAACAUUAUUGUGCAAUGCUAUUGUGACCAUUUAUCAAUAAUAAACCUAGGGUGUGAAAAUGUGCGACAAUCAACAGUUUAUGGAUUCAUUGGUGCCAUGGUUUCCCUGCUGUUGCCUUUAGCUUUUAUUAUUUUGUCUUACUUUGUCAUCAUUGUUACUGUUUUGAGAAUUUCCUCCUCUGAGGGUCGACUGAGGACUCUGUCUACCUGCACGCCGCAGCUUCUCAUCACAGGUCUGUACUACUUACCCAGAUGCUUUGUGUAUUUGGCCAAUUUUCUGGGAUUCACGUUUGGUGUGUCUGUGCGAAUCGCUGUUAUAGUGCUGUACAGUCUUUUACCUGCUGCGGUCAACCCAGUAAUUUACUGUUUUAAAACUAAGGAAAUUAAGGAAAAUUUGAAAAGAAAAUUCCUAACCACUAAAAAAACUAUAACAACAAAGAUGGGUAGCAUAAUGCCAACAGAUAAAUAA